CAAGACAGAGAGAGAUAGAGAGAGAGAGAGAGAGGUAGAGAGCAGGGCAGGGUGAGCGAGCCAAGCAGUAGAGUGUGAGUGAGGGAGCCAGAGAGAGAGAGAGAGAGAGAGAGGGAGCGAGCAAGUGAGGAGGACACGGAUAGGCAGAGUGCGUGUGUGUGUGUGUGUGUGUGUGUGUGUGUGUGUGUGUGUGUGUGUGUGUGUGUUUUGUUAGAUAAGCUCCAAACUGUUCUUUGAGAGAGAGAGGGAGAGGGGGAGAGGGGGGGAGAGAGAGAGAGGGGGGGAGGUUCGGGCGGCAGAUAGAGGCGAUACUAGAGAGCGACAGAGAGAGAGGAGGUGGAGGAGGUGGAGGAGCAGCAGGAGGAGGAGAGGAAGAUGCGGUGUGUCCUGCUGGGUAGGGGCUCUGUGUGGCGGGCUGGGCUCAGCAGGAAGAUGCAGCCAUGGGAGACUGAUGACGCUCCGCUCCUUUGUACAGCAUGAGCCAUGAGCCAAAGUCACCAUCUUUAGGAAUGAUCUCCACGGCGACUCGUACCACGGCAACGGUCAGCCCCCUCACCCCCUCACCUCUCAACGGCUCCAUCGUAGCCAAUGGGAGCCCGGCUGCCCAGUCGGCUCACUCCGGAUUCGCUGCAGCCCUCCGUAAACUGGCAAAACAAGCCGAAGAGCCUCGAGCCGCCUCGUCCAUCAGCAGCGAGUCUUCCCCGGUGUCCUCCCCGGCCACCAACCACAGCUCCCCCGUCAGCACGCCGAAGCGCGGGCCCCUGGGCCCGGGGCCCAUGCUGGUCCCCUCGGGGGGACACAGUGUGCCAAACACCCCUCCCGUCGUCACCAUCGCGCCCACCAAGACCAGCAACGGCCUCUGGAGGAACGAGGGCCGCCAGUCAGAGUCGGGCCCCCGUGGGGCCAGCAGAGAGCGUGAGGGGGGCCUCUCCCAGGAGAAGGGUGGGCCCUCAGUCCCUGCUCACAUCCUGGGAAACCCCUAUGCCUUCGGGCUGAGCCCCGGCGCCGUGAUGCAGGACUCCCGCUUCCAACCACUCAACCUGCCCCGACAGCUGCACGGACUGCCCCCUGGUGCCGUUCCCGAGGAGUACCUCCGCGGCUUCCGACCCUAUGCCACCGCAGAGGAGGCCAUGCGCAUGCCCUCCCUGCCUAUGGGCCUGGACCCCGCCACAGCCGCCGCCGCCGCCGCCUACUACCACCCCAGCUACCUGCCCCACCCCUCCUUCACCCCGUACAGGAUGGACGACCCCUUCUGUCUCUCGGCGCUGAGGUCGCCCUUCUACUCCCUGCCGGGGGGCGGGGGCCUGCCGCCCCUACACCCCUCGGCCGUCCACAUGCACCUGCCCGGCGUGCGCUACCCCGGGGACCUCUCGCACCCCUCCCUGUCCGCACUGCAGUCGGAGAGGCUGUCCGAGAGGCUCCAGCUGGAGGACGAGAUUCGGCAGCGGGAGCGAGAGCGGGAACGGGAGCGGGAGCGCGAGAAAGAGAGGGAGCGCGAGGCGGAGCGCGAGAAGGAGCGGGAGAGGGAGCGCGAACGGGAGAGGGAGAGGGAGAAGGAGCUGGAGAGAGAGCGGGAGAGGGAACGGGAGCGGGAGCGCGAGAGGGAGCGAGAGCGGGAGAAGGAGCGGGAACGGGAGCGGGAGAUGGAGAGGCAGAAGGAGCGGGCGCUCCGGGAGAAGGAGCUGCAGGUGGCCAAGGCCAUGGAGAGCCACUACCUGGCCGAGCUGCACGCCAUGCGGGGCCAGGAGGAGCGGAGCAAGCCAGAGAGACUCACCCCUAACCGGCCCGACAAAUCCAAAGAGGCGGUCCUUCCCGCCCCUAAGCCAAUGCCGCCGGGGCUCCACCCGGCGAUGGUCCAAUCACACCACGGCGUGCCGGGCCUGGUCUCCGCCCACGGCCUCUACCUGGGGCCCGGCGGGGUGGGCACGGCCCUCACGUCGGCCAUGAUGCUGCAGCGGACCAAUGAGGAGGAGCGCUGGUUGGCGCGGCAACGCAAGCUGCGGCAGGAGAAGGAGGACCGGCAGUACCAGGUGUCAGAGUUCCGGCAGCAGGUUCUGGAGCAGCACCUGGACCUGGGCCGGCCCGACGGGGCGCCGGAGCACCGCGCGGACGCACACAGAUCUCUACAGAACCACCACGACCCCGGCAGCCGAGACCUCCUGUCCCACCUGGGCGCCCCGCCGCCCCUCAUCUCCCCCAAGCCGCCCCAGCCGCCCCGGGAACACGUUGCCCCGCCCGCCACGCUAUGGAACCCCGUCUCCCUCAUCGACACGUCCUCCGACUCCCGCCGCAGCCACGAACCCUCGGGGCCCGUCCACUACGACCUCGGCCGCCUCGCCGCCGGGCCCCCCUCCUCCGUCAAGCACGAGGACGGGGGCCGGCGGCGGGACGGGGGCGUCAUGGACAAGUACCCCCCGCCGCGGGGCCCGCCGGGCCUGCCCGAGCCCAGCACCUUCCUGGCGGAGCUGGAGAAGUCCACCCAGUCGUUCUUCAGCCAGCAGCGCGCCUCCCUGUCGCUCUCCAGCCAGUACAGCGACGUGGGCGGGGCCGGCAAGGGGGGCCCCGCCCACGGGGCCGGCAUGAAGGCCUUCGCACCGGGACACCAGGGCCCCAGCCGGCACAGCCAGGGGCCCGCGGCGGUGGUCCUGCCGGGGGUCCCCGGGUUGGGGCUGGGGCUGAGCGGGUCCACCAGCCUGACGAGCGCGGGCGCGGGCCCCGAGACGCCGCUGGUCUUCGACGAGUUCCUGCAGCAGCACCGGCAGGCCGUCAGCAAGCUGGACCUGGAGGAGAGGAGGAGGAAGGAGGCCCGGGAGAAGGGUUACUACUACGAGCUGGAUGACUCGUACGACGAGAGCGACGAGGAGGAGGUGCGAGGCCACCUCCGCAGGGUGGCGGAGCAGCCCCCGCUGAAGCUGGAUGACUCCAUGGAGAAACUGGACUUCCUGGGCGUGUUCGGCCUGACCACGGUGGGUCGCCGCGACGACCUGGUGCAGCAGAAGCGCCGGAAGCGGCGGAGGAUGCUGCGGGAGCGGAGCCCCUCCCCGCCGGCGCUGAGCGCCAAGCGAGCCGCGCCGCCGCCACCGCCGCUCAGCACGCGCUUCACCCCCGAGGAGAUGGACCGCGCGCCAGAGCUGGAGGACAAGAAGCGCUUCCUCACCAUGUUCAGCCUGUCCCACGUCACGCCGCAGCAGAGGAGAGACAAUGAAAGGGUAGUGGAGCUGCUUCAGGCUAUUAAAGAAAAGAGUGUUACCUUAGAUACCAUCAGGCAUGCUACCCAUCCUCUGUGUAAAAGCCCUCCAGCACAUUCGCCCGAAUCCGACACCGCCCAGGCUCCCGGCCAAUCAGAAGAGGCGCCCGGCGCCCGACCCCACAGCCCCUCCCCCGCGCACGGCCUGCCGUCCCCCGGCGGCCAGCCCAAAGCCCCCCUGGGCGGCGACACGUUGAGACCAAAGGAACCCCUGGCCCCGUCCGUCUACCCGGACAAGUCCCGGGGGCCCGGCGGCGAGGGGGGGCCCCCGCCCAAGAGGAGCGCCAACCUGCUGGGCAGCCUGCCGGCCCCGCUCCCCAUGCAGCCCAAAGAGGGGCCCGCCGGCCUCAACGGACGCUCCAAGCCCUGGGACAGCUUCACGCCCGAGGAGUUCGCCCAGCAGUUCCACGAGUCGGUGCUGCAGUCCACCCAGAAGGCCCUGCAGAAACACAAAGGCGGUGUCACGGGAGCGCCCGAGUCCUCCCACCCCCAGGACUCCUCGGUGCGCUACAACAUUCCCGAGUUGCAGUGUGCUCCGGGCCGGGCGUCCCAGGCCCUCGCUCACCCCCACUCCUCGCUCGCCCACUCGGUGCAGCACCUGCACCCCCCGCCGCACGGCCACGGCCUCCCCCAGCCCAACGGGCAGCACUUCCCCAUGGCCCCGCACCGCGAGGGCCCCGGGGCCCGGCCCGACGUGUCCGGCCCCGAGGACUCCGAUGAAGAAGAGGAGGAAGAGGAGCCCCCCGGGCCGAAGUGGCAGGGGAUCGAGUCGAUAUUCGAAGCCUAUCAGGAUUAUAUUGAAGAGCAAGGCGUGGAGCGCCAGGUGCUGCAGAGCCAGUGCCGGCGGCUAGAAGCUCAGAACUACAACCUCAGUCUGACGGCUGAGCAGCUGUCCCACAGCAUGGGGGAGCUGAUGUCCCAGAGGCAGAAGCUGGCGCUGGAGCGAGAGAAGCUGCAGGCGGAGCUGGAGCACUUCAGGAAGUGCCUGACGCUGCCACAGACACACUGGCCCAGAGGGGGCCACUACAAGGGAUACCCACCCAGGUGACCCCGCUCCGCUGAGCUGACGGGCCCCCGCCCAAGGGCCCCGGCCCCGGCUGCCACCUCUUCUUCCUCCUCCUCCUCCUCCUCCUCCUCCUCCUCCUCCUCCUCAUCCUCCUCUCAGACACACACCUAGAGUUUAUUUUUUAUGGCCUUGAUGUUGUGAACAUAGCUCGACGACUGAAGAGGAGCUGGCUGGCUGGCUGGCCGCUUCAGUGGAUGAAUCGACGUUGGGGAGACGGGAGCGAAUGCACGGGGGGGGGCACUAGGACCAAACGAUGAAGGACAAACCGUCUCUGGGUCACGGCCAGCCAGGGACGGUGCCACAAGCCACUUGUGUCUGCCAACUUCACCCGAACCCUGGGAUCCGUCAGAGUGUUGGGCCGGAGUAGCAGGAGAACCACGCAUGCACAUACUACGGACACAGAACACGCCACGCGCGCGCGCGCGCGCACACACACACACACACACACACACACACACACACACACACACACACACACACACACGCCACCGAACUUCUCAAUGUAGUGUAAAUCAUGCCCUGCUUCAGCCCCUACUGCUCUCACAGCCACGCCCACAAGGACUAUUCUGCCAAUAGGAAGAGCCACUCCAUGAGCGGGUGACCACGCCCCCCCAAGCCCCCCCCCAGCCCCCCCCCAGCCCCCACAUCACCAAAAGCAUAAGUAUGUCCCCGGCCCUUCAGACUGACGGAGUCACGGGGGCCGCAUUAGUUUUUGAACUGGAAAAUGCACUUAAGAAGAAUGCGUGAAGAGCUACCAAUGUCGGUACUCUGAUGCGGCAAAGAACUGUUCACAUUAAGGAGAGAACUUAGGAAAAAAAUGCACAUUUUUGGAAAGAAUAAAGGAAAUGUUUUAUUUCAAAAUAGAAAAAUUUGAGAAUAAGAAUUUUAAAAAGGUGCUUGAGCCUUGUAUUGUAUAUAAUAUGAAGACUAAAAGAAUUUUGUAUGUUUUAUUACUUAAUCAAUGUUCUUUUAAAAGAAAAAAAAAGCCUGCCAUUUUUUUUUAUAUAUGUUAAUGCUUUUUUUGAGGGUGGGGUGGGUGGGUCAAGAAAGCCCUGCUUCUAGUGUGUGUACUGCUGCUGGCUAGCUCAUGUUGAGGUAACAUUAUGAGAGUGGGAGAGAGAAAUAGGGUACAACGUUCUACUCUCCAUGUCGUCCUCCUCUCCAGCAUUGUGCAUCUGACACCCAGUUACAGCUACCCCCCACCCUAACCCCCUUCUCAUCCCCCCCGUCUCUGAGCUCAGCCAAGCGUACUUAGGGGUCACUGAGCUGAACCCCCCCUUCUCCCCACACUAUGUGCCUCUAGGUUCGAGUCCCCCCCCAACCCUAGCAAGGGUUCCUCUCUCGUUGGUGCCUGUUUUUGUUUAUUGUCUCAAUGAAGGGAGACACUCAAUAGUCCAUUACUGAACAAAUCCUACAGCCACGUCCAAAGGUAUCAAAUUAAUCGCCACUCACUGGACUUCAACGUCAUCAUCAUUAAAAUAGUAAAAACACAGUGUAUAAUUAGAGGUGGCAGAUUAUGCCUUACAAGGUUAGGUACUUUGCCAGAGCCAUAUAAGGAGUGUGCCAAAAAAAAGGGUAAUUGUAAGACCAUAUUGGAUCCUCAAUUUAUAUCAAGUCUCAAUUAGGUUGCCAAUGCAACCAGGAUUCCAACCAUGACGGCCAACUCACAUUAUUUCUGUCCCCAUUUUCCAUUGGUGUCAAUUCUGUCGUAAAUAUCCGCUCCCUCCAUUUCCCCCCAGCGUGAGACACCUUGAUCCGUCAUCCAAAGGUUCUUGUUUGCCAACAUCGUUAUCAAAUCUCAAGGACCUCACCUGUUCUCCAUGCUGGGGGCCUCUGAGGUGCAAAUCAAAGCGACUGCAUUUCCAUCCCAUCCUUGUUCUGUUUGCCGAACCACUGCGCGGUGAAUGGAGUGUCGGUGUCCCUCACGAGGCCCUUCAGCAUGUCCACACUGGAACUCUGUGCAUGCACUCAGACCGGCCCUGGUUGUUGUUCCUGACACCUCCCCCGCCCCCCCCCCUCCUCCACCCAGCCCUAGUACCACCCCCCCCCUCCCUCAACCCCACCCUGUAGUACAGCACUGACUGCUCUGUAGGAGCUGACUGGACCAGGGGGUUUCUUCAGGGCAGAGUCAAAGGGUGUGGGAUUCGAACUACAAGUCGGUAAUCUAUCGUGGGACUGUACCUCUGACUCCCAGGAUUAAACCACGAUGGACCCCCAUUAUUUUUUAAUAACCAUAAUCGUGAACACUUCAUAUCACAUUACCGAUACUAACAGAGGUAUUUUUUACACGAUUCCACGCUGUGACCCAUGUCUCGCCCAACCUUAUCUCAGACCGGUCGAACGUUGUUUUAUUUUUUUAUGUCAUGAAGCAGAACAUAGCAAAGAGCACACAGCCUAUCAGAUUAGUCGGGAGCACUCAUGUUGAGGUGAGCUGCCAAUGAGCACGGCGGGCAGAGCAGUAAGCACCGCCCCCUGACCCGCCCCCCCCCCCCCCCGCUGACCUGCCUCCGUCUCCAUACUCCUGCAUCUUCAGUCCAAGCACGCUGCGCAAUAGCCCCCGACUCAGUGGAGGAUGUCUAGAUGCUGUGAAAUUCUGUUUUUCAAAAAAAAAUGUACUUGUUUGAAUUCCUUGUAAUGUAAUAUAUUCUUUGUUGAAUGUAGUAAUUAGGUAUUUAUGAAUAUGGCUGUGAUUUCAGACAAAAAUUAAAUAUUUCAAAGUGUCA